AUGAAACGAAUCGUUAAAUCCAUUCUCCGUCAUCAUAACCACAGUAACAUUGCAACAUUCUCGUUGGGGACUCGUGUUUUCAGAACCUUUUCUUCCACUCCAUCCAUUCGUUCCAUCCAGCACCAAGAUGAUGAGUGGAUACAUCAUCCUCCAAUGAUUCCCAUUCCAUCUGUUCCAGGUCUCUUUAAAAUUAAAGAUUUCAUUUCACCAAAUGAACGAGAUCAUGUCAUGUCCGAAAUGAAACACAUUCAACAACAACUCAUUCAUUAUUUUCAACAUCCUGAAGGUGCCAAAGAAUUAUUCGUUUCACAGUAUCACAAUUUGACCAGUAAAGAAUCCUUUCAAAAAGUGAAAUUAGAAGAAUUGAGUCAAGGUGAAAAACCAUAUUUUGUUGAGGUUUUUGAACAGUAUGGUCAUGAAGGACAUUGUUUGGUGUAUUGUAGAAAUUCAAAUUUACCAAAAUUUACAAAAGAAAUAAUUCAAAAGAAAUUAUUGCAACAUCCACAAACUAAACAACUUGUGAUUGAAAAUGUGAGAGAGGAGAUUAGAAAAAUGUUGCUCAUGGCAUCCAAUGAAGAAAUGUCAACAGUCAAGACCUCACAAGAUGUUUUUUCAAACAUUGAUUGGAAAGUCGCUCUCAAUUUCUACAAAGUGAAAGACAACCAUCUCUCUGGUUUUUCAUUUCAUAGAGACAUUGCUUCUAAUGGCAACAUUACUGCAAUUUUAGCUUUACAAUCUUAUGGAAUGCUUGAAUUUAAAAAACCAAAUGUGGAAUACGAUGGGUUUAAACCAAAAGAAAAUCAAUCCAAUGAACAACAACUAGUAGAAAGACAUCUUGAAGAGGAUCAUGAGACUUCAAAAGUUCUUGUUGAACCUCGAACUCUAUUGAUUUUAAGUGGAGAAGCAAGAUGGGAUUAUUUACAUCGAGUUCCACCCCUUGAAAAAGAAUUUGAAUUCGAAGGAAAGAAAUAUGUAAGGGAAGAUUCGAGAUGGUCAGUGGUAUUUGGAUGUAAAUGA